AUGGUCAGCAGCGCUGAUGUAGCGCGGGGUACAGCUGACGAUGCUUGGAAAGUUAUUAUGGACUCAAUCAACAGUCAGCAAGAGCGACGAGAAAAGCGUGAUUCCUCAGGGUACAUUCAGUGCCCGCCGCUCAACAACUGUCCACCAGGCCCUCCAGGACCUCCAGGAUAUCCAGGACAACCUGGUGUCGAUGGCGAAAAGGGACAAGAUGGAAAGCCGGGCGAGACAGGCUUGAUAGCCGAGUAUGAAGAGAUUGACAAUACUACCGGCUGCGUUAAGUGCCCAAACGGUCCUCCUGGUCCGCAAGGCCCGGACGGGCCCGUUGGAGAACCUGGCCCACCAGGUGAGGUUGGCGUAGCAGGACAACCAGGAAGAAAUGGUAUCAUUGGUUUGCCGGGACCAAGUGGUGAUGCAGGAGAUCAAGGACCUCCUGGGACUCCUGGGUUGCAAGGGACACCCGGUAAGUCAGCGACCCUGAAGAAAGCAGUAGCUGGACAACCUGGUUUGCCUGGGCCACCAGGACGACCAGGAAAGCCGGGACAGAGUGGACAUCAAGGAAAGGGAGAACCUGGUAGUGAAGGACCCGCUGGACCGCCUGGGUUAGACGGAGCUUACUGUGCAUGCCCGGAUCGGGUGAAGAUUCUCUCUGAAUUGGUACCAUAUUCUAACGGUGAUUAUGAAAUUAUUGAUGCUGAAAAUUCUGGUGACGCUGACGACGCUUCUGGAGCAUCUGGUGAAAAUGAAGAAGUCAUCAAUGUUUGA